AUGGAGUUCCUGCUGCCCGGCCUAGGAGGAAGAAGAGGAGGAAAAGAGCCGCCGCCACCCCCUCCGAAGCCCACUCCAGUGCCGCAGGCAUCCGCAGUCACCCCGGAACUGAUGCCAGCCCCUCUGGAUCCUGCCGGGACAACUCCGGACCUCGCGUCGGUGACCGCAGCUCCCGCUGCAACCCCUCCCAAGCAGUCCUCUGUCUCUGUUGCAUCCAUCCCUGAACUGUCUCCUGUGUCGGCUGCAGCACCCCCUGUCCUCCUUAGUGUGUCCGCAGCAGUCCCUGCGGAUCCUCCGUCUGUGUCGACUGCAGCAUCCCCCGUCUCUGUCAGUGUGUCCACAGAAGUCCCUCUGGAUCCUCCCUCCGUGUCUGCUGCAGCAUCCCCUGUCCCGAUCUCCGUCUCUGUUUCCCCCGUCCCGGCCACCUACCGGUACCAGCCUUCCAUGUACCGUCCACCGUUGCUGUUCCAGCCUCUCCUGCGCCAUUGGCACCAAGAUCCCCUUUGUCCGCCUCCAUGCCCUCUUUGA